AUGGUGAACCCCGGCAUUCCUACCAACUAUACGUUCUCACCGUCUGAGGGCACGCCCCAUUUGACGAUCAAUCACGAUGUCGCUGCGGAUCUAGACUCCAGCAAUGCCUUCGAAGGCCCGGAGAAGUUGCUUGAGGUUUGGUUUGCCCCAAACCCCGACUCUUUACCUCCCGGUGUCAAGCCCAACGGUCUCAAGGCGGUUUCGAGCGAUACGUGGGUUGGCAUGCUUGACAUGGUGAACUGCAAGAUCCUUUCCGUGCUCGAAGCCGAACACAUGGAUGCCUACCUUCUAUCUGAGUCUAGCAUGUUCGUCUUCCCUCACAAGUUGAUUCUGAAGACAUGCGGGACCACGACUCUCCUCCUUGGCCUUCGCAGACUUCUACAUAUUGCCGCUGAGCAUGCAGGGUUCCCCUUCCAUAAUGCCAAGUCUGUAGACGAUAUCCACGCUGCUGCUUCGCCUUAUCGUGUAUUCUACUCCAGGAAGAAUUUUCUUUUUCCUGACAAGCAAUCCGGCCCUCACAAGAGCUGGAAGGACGAAGUCAAGUUUUUGGAUGACACUUUCGAGGGUGGUAGCGCCUACAUGGUGGGCAAAAUGAACGGCGACCACUGGUACCUUUAUAUCACUUCGCCGGAAACUACUCUCACACCUCCUCGCACCCCAGAGGAGAAUCGGACUUUGGCAUGCCCGCCCAAGUCGACUAAAAUACCCACGAACACGGCAUCCAUGUUUAAGGGCAAGCCGGAGAGUACCGACGAGACUCUCGAGAUUCUGAUGACGGAUCUUGAUUCUGAGAAUGCAAAGCAGUUUUAUCUGGAGCACGCGAGUGCGGUCGCGAGCAACAGACUCUCUUCGCAAGCUCAGGAGGCUCGCAAGGUGGCUAUAGGAAGCCUUGGAGAUUUGUCAGAAAGCACUAUGACUAUUCAGACGAACAGCACUGUAGAGAGUACUUCUGACGAUGCGCUCGAUGUCUUUGACAACUGCAGCGACUCUGAUCUUCACAGUGCCUAUACCCCAGUAUCUGAUCAGGUCGACAUAGAAGGCCUCACGACUGAAGGUCACGCAUUGGGCACGGUCGUUUCCGAUGCCUGUGGCCUCUCAGAGGUGUACCCCACCUCCAAAUACCCAGAUGCGCGGAUUGACGCAUAUCUCUUCUCCCCCUGUGGCUUUUCGGCCAAUGGCAUCAUCCCUGCACCCCAGCAGCAAGACAGCAGUGAGUCUGCGAAGUCGACUCACUACUUCACUGUGCACGUUACCCCAGAGCCCAUCUGCUCAUUUGCCUCGUUUGAGACCAAUGUUCCUGGGGGGCAGAACGGGCGUGAGACAUCUGAGAUUGUCGAACACGUUGUGGGCAUCUUCAAACCAGGUCGUUUCAGUGUGACUCUCUUUGAGGCUAAGGCUAGCCAAGGGAAUGAUGGUGAUGAGAUGACAGCUGGUCUGGCUCGCAAAAAGCGUCUGGAGAAGAUUCCGGGCUACCGACGCAUUGACCGUAUCCUCCACGACUUUGACGAUUAUGAGCUGAUUUUCCGGUUCUACGAGCGGGAGGACUGGACCGGUGGCGAUAGUAUUCGAGUUGGAGAGGAUAUGUAG